UAAGAAAGCCUCCAAUAAGCGACAGAGGGCAGGGCAGAAGUCCUGCUCCAACGUCUUCUCCAUGUUUGAACAGUCCCAGAUCCAGGAGUUCAAGGAGGCCUUCGGUUGCAUCGACCAAGACAGAGACGGCGUGAUUAAGAAACAGGACUUGAAGGAAACCUACGCACAACUGGGGAAGCUAAAUGUGAAGGAUGAGGAACUGGAGGAGAUGCUGAACGAGGGGAAGGGUCCAAUCAACUUCACAGUCUUUCUCACGCUUUUUGGCGAGAAACUCAAUGGUACUGACCCCGAGGACACCAUACUUGCUGCCUUCAAACUCUUUGACCCUAAUGGGACAGGAUUUGUUAAUAAGGACGAGUUUCGACGAUUACUGAUGAACCAAGCUGAUAAAUUCACAGCAGAAGAGGCAGAUCAGGCAUUUGCACUUGCUCCCAUUGACCCGGCUGGCAACAUUGACUACAAGUCUCUUUGCUACACCAUCACACAUGGAGAUGAGAAGGAGGAAUCCUAA